AUGGCACCCCCCGCGAUCAUUGCCCCCUCCAUUCUCAGCGCCAACUUCGCCAAUCUGGGCCAUGACUGCUCCAAGAAGAUUGAGCAGGGCGCCGACUGGCUCCAUGUCGACAUCAUGGACGGCCACUUCGUGCCAAACAUGACCAUCGGCUGCCCGGUGGUCUCCCAGAUUCGUGGUUGUGUCGACCGUCCCUCCGAGCCCUGCGGCCGCGGCACUUUCGAUUGCCACAUGAUGAUCAUGGAGCCGCACAAAUGGGUCGGUGAGUUCAAGAAGGCCGGUUGCGAUUUAUACUGCUUCCACUACGAGGCUGCCGUCUCCUCCGUGGCCGCCACCGAGCCCGCCGACAAGGAAACCACGGCCCGCACGAGCCCCAAGCAGUUGAUCAAGUAUAUCCACGAGGAGGGCAUGCAGGCCGGUAUUGCGAUCAAGCCCGAUACCCCCGUCGAUGUGCUGUGGGAUAUCAUUGAGAGCGAAGACCCAGCGGAGCGACCAGACAUGGUCCUGGUCAUGACCGUACACCCCGGAUUCGGAGGCCAGAAGUUCAUGGCCUCCGAGCUCCCCAAGGUUGCCGCCCUCCGCGAACGAUACCCCGACCUGAACAUCGAAGUUGACGGAGGUCUUGGUCUCGGCACAAUCGAUCAGGCUGCCGAUGCGGGUGCCAACGUGAUUGUCGCUGGAUCCGCGGUCUUUGGAGCCCAGGAUCCUGCCGAUGUCAUCGCGAAGCUGCGUGAAGCAGUCCAGAAGCGUCGCACUGCCGAGUCCUUGUAA